AUGGUUGCAGCAACACUUGGUAUGACUUUAGCUGGACAUAGAAAGAAACCCCGAGUUUGUGUUGGUUGCAUGAAGUCUGGCCCUGUUCUUGCUCGAAAGGGAGUGAAAUACCAUGAACCUGAGUACUGGAAAUUUGGCGAGGUUGAGGUUGGAAACAAAUAUUUCCGACAUGCUACCGGACAACUGUACGCUAUAUCGAAAGAUUUGGCCACUUACAUAUUGAUAAAUCAGAAUGUACCGCAUAAAUAUGUUAAUGAAGAUGUAUCGUUGGGAGCUUGGUUUAUCGGUUUAGAUGUGGAGCAUGUGGAUGACAGGAGAGACUGCUGUGGUACUCACCCAGAUUGUGAAUGGAAAGCUCAAGCUGGUAAUAUCUGUGUUGCUUCAUUCGACUGGAGGUGCAGUGGUAUUUGCAGGUCCGUGGAGAGGAUUACGGAGGUUCAUGAACGUUGUGGUGAGGACAAGAAUGCUUUAUGGAGCACGAACUUCACGCAAGGAACAAAAACUUAUUCCUGAGGAAAAAUAUACAUGGGGAGAACUGGCACAGAGAUGCUUUUGUCACCCUUUCUAUAAUUUUCUCCCCUUUCCCCACAUUUAUAUUUGCAUCCAUAGGUGUAAAGAGUAUAUUAUACCAUAGAAAAACAUUAGAGAUACCCCUUGCUUUUUGCUUCUGGGGUACCCCUCUACCUCUGAGGAUACCGACCCCAAUACAGCUGCCUCAACCUCAUUCUUUGAAUGGUGGAGGGCUGGAUUAAUAAGUUUUCUACCAUGGUGAUGAGAUCUAUAUGACUAAUCUUUGUGGACAGCAUAUUGCUGCUUCCUAUUCAAUAAAAUCAAUUUAAUUACAGGUUUAUAUCA